GACGCAGUGUUGAGUAGAUGUGUCACCCGAAUUUAAAUAACAAAUACUUGUCCAAGUGUUAACAAACAUAUUAAAAAAUAGUACUAAAAGUUUGGUAUAGUUAACUUUGUAACAAUUCAAUAAGUGAGUGAUUAAAAGUUACUUGAUAAAACAAUUCUGUGUACGGAAAGUACAUAAAUGAUUCGUGAGUACUGCAACAUUCUUACAAGACUACCUACAAUAAAUUGAAUUAUAUUUAUUUGUCACAUCUUACUUAGAAUGUGACGAUGUUUACAAAACCAAGUCUACUAAUGAUUGGCAUUGCAGUGAUAAUUUAAACGUAAAAAUAAAAAAGCUAAUAGAUAAAAAACUUGUGUAACUGUAUUGAAUGUGAAAUAUUGUCUGGCAAAUUAUAUACUGGUUAUUGUUGUACAUAGAUACAACAUAACAAUAUUUAUAUUUAAUUUUCCUCUUUAUUCAAUAAAAUAAAAUGCCCUUGAAAAGAACUCCACCGAAAACGGCAACCGGUGCUGCAUUAGACGUCCACCCACUUCAGACACAACAUAGUCAAUCAGACCCAGACUUAUGUUCUACCUUUAGUACCAACGUCAUACCAUCUAAACCGACACUGAGAACGAAAAGGAAGAGAGACAGAUCGACAGAUCAAGCCGAUUUUGAUGAUUUUAAAAAUACAAUAAUGGCUGUGCUUAAAGAUUUACAAACUACUAUAAGUGAAAUUAAAGAGCAGAAUGUCAAACUCCAGGAGUCUGUGGAUUUUACGGCCCAGAAAUAUGACGAAAUUCUAACGAAAAUGAAACAGAUAGAAGAAGAUAGAAAAGCGGAUAAAAUGUUUAUACGGUCGCUAGAAGAAAAAAUAGAUAAGUUAGAACAGCAAAAUCGUUCUUCUAGUAUUGAAAUCCGGAAUAUCCCGAAGAAAACUGGAGAAACUAAACAAGAUCUAAUGGACUGCCUACAUGACGUUUGUAAAAUUAUAAAUCUACCGACCCAGGAUAUAGUUGUCAAAGACAUAUUUAGAGUGAAUAAGAAAUCGAAUAACUCGACAGUUAUUGUAGACCUGAAUACAGUUAAACAAAAAGAGACUGUUUUAAAACUUGCGAAGAAAUUUAACAAGGGAAAUAGUAAUAAUAAACUUAACUCCGAGCAAUUAAAGAUACAGGGCCCUAAGGUACCCAUUUAUAUUUCAGAAAAUCUAUCGCCUAAAACCAAACGACUUUACUUUCUAGCAAGAGAUUAUGCUGCCCAAGAAAAAUAUAAGUUCUGUUGGACAUCCCAUGGAAAGGUAUAUUUAAGAAAGGAAGAAGGAUCACUACUUAAGCGAAUUGAUUCAGAGGAAGACCUAACUAAACUUAAAUUACAGAAGUGA